AUGCCUAACUGCAGAUCAGUUAUCACAGAAAAUAUUGGACUGGUAAUAAACUACAACUAUAAAAUAUAUCCAAACACAAAGCCAAGAGCUUUAGGUCAAUUUUUACGAUGCUCCAAGGUUGAAAGGUAUUCGAAUUAUCUUUCUAGUAACUUACAUAAAAUGAAUUAUUGGAGACCAGUAAAUCGGAUGCGGAAUGGAUGCGGUGGUUUAGUUCUGCUGGAAUUGGGUAGGAGAUACAGCCAUGAAAUCAGUUAUAGACAAAAAAGUUUGAAUCAGCAAGAAAAACGCAAACGCCAAUUGCCGCAGCAUAGUUCUUCCCAACUACCAUCGUUGGACAGAUUGGAAAAUCAUCAUUAUCGCAAUAUCUCUUCAUCAGAGAAAUCCACCAUUGCCACUAAAGAAUCCAAGUUGGAGAAUUUUAAUGACAUGAUCAAUGGUGAUCUUAUCGACAAUUUAUAUGGUGUGCCAGCUGAAUCGUCGUUUCAUAAUCAUAGAUACAUGGAAGUCUGGAAUGAUGAGGCCCAUCCCCAGGUAUACAAUGAAGAUGAAGACUUCGAGGAGGAUAUGCUUCUGAACGACGAUUUAGACACAAAUUUGGAGAAGGAACUUGAAGAUCAGGAUAGGAAUCUUGAGGUAGAUAUUGAGCGAAUUGCUACAGAGCAAAGUAGCGAUUACCAUAUUUUAAAAGAGAUACAAAAGCCCGUUGUUAUGAAGUUACGACCGAACUACAUGACAACAUUUGUUUCCAUCGAAACGACAUUUGAUUUCCCAGAAAAGAUAUGCAGUGCAAUGCCAAAAUUGACUCUAAAUACCAAACAAAUAAGUACUGAUGGUAUUAAUGAAUACUUGAACACAUUAGUACUGAAGAAUUAUGGGUGGGCUUCGACUCAUCAGGGAUCAAUAAUAGACAAAACGCUAAAAAACCUUGUGUUGAACAGGCUACUACUUCUGGAUAUCUUCUUAAAUGUCAAAAGUUUAAAUCUUUUGGUAUCCUUUUUUUCUAGAACAAAGGAUUUGGAAAUGAUCAAAGUGACGAUUAAUAAGUUUUCAGCCAUGGAAAUAUUUCCAACCACGGACACCUAUAAUAUAAUACUCGAUUGCAUAAGAAGACUUUUGGAGGAUGGUGAAAUCAAGAAAAUGAACUUGUAUCAAUCUGUGGUUCCCAUCAUACAUAGAAUGAAGCGCGCUGUUUAUAUGACGCCGUUCAAUAUAACGACAUACCGAGAACUAUUAAAUUUACUGACUGACCCAGAUAUGAAGCUUGGGUUGUUGAGAUUGAUGGCAAGUAGAAAUGUCCCAAUGGAGUACUAUCAGAAGGAAACUUUUGAAGCGUUAUAUUCGGCAUAUGGGAAGCCCGAGGAUUUUCAGAAGAUGGCUGAUUUGACCGUUAUGCUCACAUGUGUAGAUGUGAAGUCACCUGUCCCCGACUACCCCGGGAUUUUCACAUACUUGAUUGAUAAACUCCUUCGGCAAAGUUUUAAUGAUCGAACUAGGUUCCAAGAUGUCAUAAAGUUGGUGCCCAAGAAUUUGAACUAUGCAACUCCUAAAUUAAUCAUUAAUCUCUGCUAUUAUUUUGCUUGCCACGGUCAGUUCUGGAAUACUAUUUGCUGUGCAAACUGGUAUGCGAAAGAAAUUAUAGGGAUUAAUCAAGAUAGCAAGAAAAAUGAGAAACAACAACAACAUCUCUUAGCGGAUACGCUAUGGCCUACGCUAAUCCAUUUCGAUGACAUGGUCAUCACUUUACAAUCCAAAAAUAUAAAUGUGCCUGCAUCAAGUUUACGGAUGUUUGCCAAGUGCCUCUACCAAACGUGUGUUACCGAAAAUGGCUACUAUUUAGACACUGGGAGAAUUGAGAGCAUCGAGAAAGUGGUGACCGAAAAAAAUACAGAGGAAGUAGGCGCAAAAGAUGUGACGGUAUCCGACUUUCUUCUUACGGAUAAAUUGACGAUUCAGGAAGGUUCCAGAUGUAGUCGUAUAAUGACCGAAUUAGUAUGGGAGGGUUUUUCACAAAUAUUUGUAACGGAGACGGAUAGGAGCCCCGUUUGGAAAAAAGUUGCGGCUUUGCUUGGGUAUAUAGCACAUGACAAUAGGAAUUUGGAAAUGGAGAACUCUUAG